CCUUAUUCUAAUAAAACCUGUAAUCAAAAUAUAUGAGACUAUAAAUAUGAAAGAUUAAAACCAAAGUUGAAGAGCUUGUCACUAUAACAUUAACAACCUUAAUACAGGGUUCUUCUAAAUGUAUCUUUUUUGAGUGAAAUAGAUUGUGUGAUUCAAAACAUGUUAUCUAGUUUAUUUAGAUUUCGUUAUAACAUACGGACACUCAGCUAGUCUAUAUCAAUUGCAAUGUGAGAUCAAUGAUUUCCAAGUCGUGUCGGUUUAACCUUUAUCAGAGCAGAGUACUUCGAUUAAGCUCCCAGCCUCAUGCUUAGCGUUGGAUCGUAAACUUACGGCUCCGAUCAGCCUCGGUCCACUCAACUCCUCUUCCGUGACGAGCUCAAAUAGGCCCAAAGCCGACGACGCAGGCCCAAGAACCAAAAAACCCACCAAACGCUCGCACCCACCACCCAUCGACACGAGAGAGAUGAGCAGCGGCGGCGCGGUGAAGACGCCAUCGGACUUCCUCAAGUCGAUCAGGGGCCGCCCCGUCGUCGUCAAGCUCAACUCCGGCGUCGAUUACAGAGGUAUUUUGGCUUGUCUGGACGGAUACAUGAAUAUUGCUAUGGAGCAAACUGAAGAGUAUGUUAAUGGGCAACUGAAGAAUAAAUAUGGUGAUGCGUUCAUUAGAGGCAACAAUGUUUUAUACAUCAGCACCACGAAGAGGACCCAUACUGAUGGCGCAUAAACCAAGUGGAGCCCUGUCCUCCAUGUUCUGUAACUUCAAAGUCGUUAACUUGAUUGGUUGUGAUCUCUGACUCGAUGCUACCUUUCAAUCUUGUACCUGCUGUCUGGAGGAAGUUGGGAAAUAGAAAUGUAUUGCAAAUUGAUAGACUUAUCAGAUACUAUUUUGAUGUAACCGGCAUUUAGCUUCCAUAUAUUUGUGGUGAAGAUGUUUGGUCUUUAGGGAUAUGGAUAAGAUUUGUGUUUCUAGCAUUGUGUUAGUUGGCUCCUUA